AUGUUGGCCGCUCGCGGAGUGUCUCUCGGCUUGGGGAAAAUCAACUUAUCGGAAUUAAACCAACUUCCGGUAGCCGAUCGGGCACUUUUGGGGCGGAUUCAGAAGCUCAAGAAGAAGGCACAGGAGAAGCCAAAGAUCGUGGUCAAAAAGUACGUCGAUAAGAAAGUAAGUAAAAAAUACUUAUUGUUAGAUCAUAGACCACUGACAAAAUUCUGAAUGGUCAAUUUUGUAUUUGGUAAUUUUUUACUUAUACAGGGUGGGCCACUCGAAACUGACAAGUUUUUUCUUUGAAUUUCUCCGCGGAGACUCCGCCGAUUUUUCCAAAAUUUAGAUUUUUCUGGAGCUGAGACCCGCCAUUUUCAACCGACUGAAUUUCAAAAAAAUAUAUUUUGAAUUGACCUUUCCAUGCCUUCUCAAAGUUUUGAAAAAUUAUUUUCAGGCCGAAACCGCUAAAACUUAUAAAAUUUUUGGAAUGAUUUUGAAAACGGUCAUUUUUCCGAGUUCUUGGGUGAAAUUUUCUUUGUUUUGCCUCAGAUAGUUGUCAAAUAUUGUUCCAAAAACAAUUUUAUUUAACAAUCUGAUGAUUAAUUUUUCUAUCUGAGUAAUUAUGUCCAUCCUCUCGCAUCACAAACUUGCAGUGCCUUUGAGAGUCAUGAGCAGCUAGAAUUGCGUAUCGUGGAUAUGGUUUAACUUCAAACAGGCCGGGCUCUGAGCUUCAAGAUGCCCCAGGCCUGACUCGAUAACCAUUGACGUCGAAUUUUUCAAUCUUUUUGAAAUCUUUUUUUUUUGAAUGUUCAUGCCCUAAUGGUAAUACAAACAACCCUCUUGUGGUUUUCAAUUUGCUUUAAACAAGUUUACGGCGAGCACUAGCAACUUUUUACUCCACGAUUUCCCCAAAAAAACCAAAAAUUUUCCAAGUCCGAGAAAGUCAAUUGAAAAUCAUUCCAAAAAUUUUCCAAGUUUUAGCGGUUUCGGCCUGAAAAUAAUUUUUCAAAACUUUGAGAAGGCAUGGAAAGGUCAAUUCAAAAUAUAUUUUUUUUAAAUUCAGUCGGUUGAAAAUGGCGGGUCUCAGCUCCAGAAAAAUCUAAAUUUCGGAAAAAUCGGCGGAGUCUCCGCGAAGAAAUUCAAAGAAACAACUUGUCAGUUUCGAGUGGCCCACCCUGUAUUUCUGGAACUUUGUGCUCUACACGAAAAAAUUAAAUUUUCCAAAUAUGUAAAUUGGAGUAAUUUUUGCUUACAAAAUUUCAUUUACCAUUUCAAUUACCAUCUUGCCCUAUCUUCUUCUCCCGACAUAAGAAAAGACAUAGGUAGUCAGCAGAAAGCCUCUCUGAUCGUAUAACUUUAACGAUUAUGACAUGAUAAUCCGAGUGAUCGCUCAAAAAAAACAGCCAUAAGUUUGUGUAACGCAUUAAUCGAGAGAGUAGAAUGCGGAAUGAACUUGGCCAUAAAGCCAGGGGAGUGUGCUGAAUCGCUCUAAUCUAGUUUGGGAAAGGUCUCUGGCCAAAUUGUCGGCUUUCCGUCCCUAAUGGAGUUGGGAUUCAUGAAGAUUCUGGCCGAGAAGGUGGAGAAGGAGGUAGGAUCAAGCAUUUUUGGCAUUGGAGGUUAAUUAAAAGUUGUGCAAAAAUUAAAAUUUUUGUAAUCAAGGAAAGGACCGAAUUACCAUUGAUAUUCUUGGUCUGGCUGGUCCGAAAAAGGUGGCAAUAAUUUUAUUUUUUAUAUCGGACAAGGACUGCCAUCUUGACAAUCAAAAAUCUUUACGUCUUAUUAUGUUACCCUUGACGUAUUUCUACGUCAAUUCUCUUGUUUCUUUUCAUUUUCCAUUAUUCUAAAAUUCCCAAAAAACGAUUUCCCUUUCCCAUGGGAUUGUUUCAUACUAAGACUAUUAUAUUAUUUUAGGCUAUUAUAUAAUAUUACUUUACUUUUUUGGAGAGUGUUUCGAAUUUCCCCGGCUGAAUGAAACCUUUUCCUGAGGGCAUUUUCGUCGAAUUUUUCGGAACGGAAAUCGGAACCCAAACUACUUGGCCCCGUUUUCACUUGGCCACAGCGGGAUUCUGGAGGUGUUUGGCCCGAGGGUUGUUAUCAGGAGAUGUCACAAUUCAUGCCCUCAAGGUCCUAAGCUGUCUUUGUACCAAGUUUCGGGGGUUUUGUUCUUUUUUGGUCCUGAGGACUAGUUGAAGAGGCUCAAAAAAUGUUUGGAAUUUUUUAAGGAUUUUAAUUGCUUUUUUCGGCCAUCAUUCUUUCAUUUGUUGGCCUAAUUAAUCUAAAUUUGGGCGAGGACUGUAAUAAAAGUGGUGAGAAUAUUUUAAAAUACGGUAUUUUUAAUAUUUUGAAAAUCUUUAUAAUUAAAAUUUCGCUUAAUUUUAUGUCGUGACAUCUAGUAAUCUUCCGCAAUCCCUCGCCUAAUUAACUUUUUAUUACACAUAGUUACUAUGUGGUAUAAAAAAAACAUAUUUUAGUCCUCACAAUAUUUCCAGAAACAUUUUUUCGCAUUUGCUCUGUAAUCCUACUUUUUCUCGACCCGAACAUCCUAAUCUAACCAUAAAUAUUUUUAAAUCAUCAUUUAUAUUACAUUUGUUUUGUUUUUUAUCACAUUUAUGACCAUGUUAUUGUAGCUUUUAUGUGUCUCUCCCAUCUCCGAUCCUGUUUUAUUCUCCUCCACCUCUCUCUGACCGAUGAACUCAGUCUCUGAGUAAAUGUAUGCACCUCGGGCUCUUCGCUCGGCCAGUUUCCUUCAGCCCGAUGGAUUCACACUCUCGGAAUUAGCAGCCAGACCAAGGAUAAAUCAGUUUCCGAGGAGAAACCUCUCCAAAAGGGCCUACUCCUACUUUCUAAAGACUUAUUAUCAUCGAAACAGAGAGGUAUUUGAGUUGUGAAAGGUGUUUUUUGCUAGGAAAAUAGUGUUCUCUUUUAAUUUCAUCUUAAUUUGCCAUUUCAGACCUUAUGGGCGGCCUGUCGAGCAGUGGUUGUUGGGGGAAUAAUCAUUGCCCUGGGGCUAUUAAUGACGAUUUUGGGAUACUUUGAUCGAGAUCUGACUACAGUAAGUUGCUUUUGUAUACCAUCCGGUAAGUCGCUGGAGUGAAUUUGGCCUAUGCACUGUGCUCCAACAAAACGGUCAGCUUCACUGUGCGUUUUUCUAAAACUGUCACAACUCACAGUUUUUUUUCAAAAGCGCGCUGGAGGAAAAUUGAAGAAAUUGGCAAAAAAUGUUUUUGAUUGCGAGAAUCCAUUGCACGGCAUUCUGUACUUUUGGGACACAACCGAUCUCCGCGACUUUUUCUAUUUUUUUCGUAGUGUGCUUGCUUUCUCUCUCCAUAUCUCGCUAGCCAUUUGAGCUAAAAGGCUGAAAUUUGGCAUGGGAGUAGAGUAAAAAGCCAGCUUUCAGAAAAUAUAUAAAUUGUAAGGAACCCCGUCGCAUAAACUUCGCAAUGACAAUUGAAAAAAAUUCAUUUUUAAACCUUCUGCAACCCAAAAGUGCAAGUUGCAAGAUCGUAUUGACAAAUUUUUUUUGUCUAUGUGUGUCAAAUUCGAUUCUCUACAAGAUAGCCAAAUCUCAUCUUAUUUGAUGUGUAGCGAACUGAGUUAUGGUUACCGUCACAGUGCUUUUUUUGGUACUUUAAGGAUAUUUCGGCCUUUAGGGCAUCUACAAAGAACUCCGCCAGCCGAAUUAUUCAUUAUGCCUGUAAGUAUGAUCCUACCAAGUUUCGCCCUCCUAGCUCGAAAAAUGGCAAGUUUAUUCGCAUAGUUCUUCCUUGAAUGGCUAAGCUUUGAGUCUGGAUCGGAAGAAGGCUUGGAAGUCUUCAUUGCGAGUGUUUCCGUCAAGUGUCAGGUUUCUAAGUGGUAUUCAUACCUUGAGCAUUAUUGUCAAGCAGAAAAUUAAAAAACUCAGCGCUUGGCUAUUGAAAGAAGAAUUAUGCGAAUAACGUUGCAAUUUUUCGAGCUAGAAGAACGAAACUUUGUAGGAUCGUACUUACAGGCAUAAUGAAUAAUUCGGCUGGUGGAGUUAUUUGUAGAUGCCCUAAGGGCCGAAAUAUCCUUAAAGUACCAAAAAAAGCACUGUAACGGUAACCAUAACUCAGUUCGCUACACAUCAAAUAAGAUGAGAUUUGGCUGUCUUGUAGAGAAUCGAAUUUGACACACAUAGACAAAAAAAAAUUUGUCAAUACGAUCUUGCAACUUGCACUUUUGGGUUGCAGAAGGUUCAAAAAUGAAUUUUUUUCAAUUGUCAUUGCGAAGUUUAUACGACGGGGUUCCUUACAAUUUAUAUAUUUUCUGAAAGCUGGCUUUUUACUCUACUCCCAUGCCAAAUUUCAGCCUUUUAGCUCAAAUGGCUAGCGAGAUAUGGAGAGAGAAAGCAAGCGCACUACGAAAAAAAUUGAAAAAGUCGCGGAGAUCGGUUGUGUCCCAAAAGUACAGAAUGCCGUGCAUUGUAGCGUCGCGAUUUUUGCCCCGUGCGAAGGUUUCCCCGAAGUCUGUCGUCCGCACCGUCUUUUCACUUGCAAUGCACUGUGCAGACACCCCGAAUUCACUUCAACGGCCUUCCGGAUGGAUUGCAACCAAUCUUUAACUGCUUCCAGAGUACUCUUUACAACAUGACAACUGGCGAUGAGAUCGUGGUAAUCGACGCCUCUCUCAGAUACAAACUCAAGAGUAUGCAGUAUGUGGGGCCCGUUCUGAUGGGGCUGGGGACAUUUCUGCUGAUCAUCGCAUGUGUAAUCACCUUAGAAUCUCGAGAUCGACAUGCUCAGAUCAUUCAAGAAGAGUCGAGUGGAUACAAAACGAAGAGGGAAAUGAUCAAUUCGGCCACAAAAUUCUCAUUACUCCCGAACGAAGAGGCCGAUGAUAUGAUGAAAGCGAAUCAUUUAGAUCAGAAUGAUCGGCUAUUACGUAAGUUUGGAUCAUCAUGAUGGGAAUUGCAAGGUUUCAGCUCAACGAACAGAUCGGCCUUCGAUUAAUUCGGAAUUGGAAUUGGUCAAAGAAAAUCACUUGAAGUAAGCUCUUGAUGAUCAACAGUUGUUACAAUUAGCAGUAUUGAUUUUAUAAUUAUCUAAAUUUAGGAAUCAACAGAAUGUGAAAGCAGAAGUUCAUCAUGUGAUAGGUGAAGAAGAAGAGGCCGGGCCCAGCAACAGGAAGUCCCAAUCUCUCCGGGAGUCCCUGAAGAGGAAUGGGGGCCAGAGAUUCAGUCUCCAGAAGCCCCCUCUUCCAGAAUCCGGUCUUCUUUUGUCCACGAUCCAUCUCAAAAAACCAAAGGGACCAGCGCCCAUAGCCCAAUUCGACUCUCAACUCGAGAUUCCCCUCUCUUCCGCGUCUUGUUCCACUCUGGGCACUAGUAAUUACAGGUCAUAA